AUGGCUCUAGCGUUGCACUACCGCUUUACCUUCAUCACCGUCGAGGAGGAGCCCGUUGUCCAGCUGAAGCGCCGCGCUGCAAGCGUCCCACCCAGGCCGUCUGCUGCCGAGCUGUGCGAAGCCCAAGAAAAUGAGGUCGAAGAUGGCCGCUACGUAAAGUCCCUCCAGCAGAAGUGGACGCUCGGGCGUGCUGGGCCUGAACCCGUGUGCGCAGCCCAGGAGCAGGAGGACGGGCAGGACGUGCAGUCUCUCGAGCCCAUCUUCGCUUACAAGGAAGUGGAGCUCCAGUCCAAUGCAUCUACCGAAGAGCCAAUGGUGGGUCACGUACCUUCGGAGGAGAUACCUUCUGAAGGGGAUGAGUCGCCGAAGGAGGGCAAGCCGAAGUGCAAUCCUGGAAGUGCGGGCCACCCCGAGCUGUGCCGCCGCCCGUGCAUUUACUUCGCCCUGGGCCAGUGUAUUAACGAGGCUGACUGCAACUUCUGCCACCUAUCUCACAACAAUCGCUCUGCGACGCUGGACAAGUGCCAGCGGCAGAUGAUCAAGCACAUGAGCCAGCAUGAGUUCCUAUCCAUGCUGCUGCACAGUCUGCAGUCGAAGGCUGCAGAGGGACGUUUCGAGGUUGAUGCGGAAGAUGUGCUCCAGCUCUUCAGGGUGCAGAUCGGCCAGAUGAGGGCAAUCCCCAGCAAGGUGCCCAAGACCAAAAUCUUGAACCUCGAGAAGGCUUUGACGCGGAUGACAUUCUUCAGCGUUGCCAGCCUCACUUCUCGCGGAAGCUUUGAUACAGGCUUCAUCGAGCUGUGCAAGGAGAAAGUCACCUUCCUGCGACAGAAAGUAGCAUGA